GACUUAACCGGUUGAAGCGCGUGUUCAGCAUUGAUAUUGCGGAAUAUCGAGUAACACUGUUGUAAAAUGAAUAGAAAGCCGAAUAUUAUGAUCACUGGCACACCCGGAACGGGUAAAUCAACUUUGGGUAGAGAAUUGGCUGAUAGAACUGGUCUGAAAUACAUAAAUGUUGGAGAAUUAGCCAAAGAGAAUAAUUUCUUUGACGGUUUUGACCAAGAUUUAGUCUGUCCUGUUAUAGAUGAAGAUAGAGUUAUUGACGAAAUGGAAGAAGAUAUGAAUGAUGGAGGAGUAGUCGUUGAUUAUCACGGUUGCGACUUUUUUCCAAAAAGAUGGUUUGACCUUGUAAUAGUUCUAAGGACAGAUAACACGAAAUUGUACGAGAGAUUAGAAAAGAGAGGAUAUAAAGGUAAAAAGCUUAGAGAGAAUAUCGAAUGUGAAAUAUUUGGAACGCUUCUCGAAGAGGCACAAGAAGCUUACGAUAGGCAAAUUGUUCAAGAAGUAAAAAAUGAUACCCCCGAUGAUAUGGAAGACAACUUAACAAAAAUUCAAAAUUGGCUAGAGCAGCGAAUAUGUUGAUAAAUAAUGAAGAAUUCCAGAAUGUAUUGAUCCUAAAGAUACACAAAAAUAUGUAUAUAUAUCUAUAUAUAUAUAUAAGUGCAGCUUAUAUUGUAUACUGUAUAUGCUGUCGGGUGAAAAGAAAAGAAACUGCUAUUGUAAAUAUGAGUUAUUGUAUGUAUAAGGAGUUUUGUCUAAUGUAUUUAAUAAACAUAGAGAGAAUUUAAUAUAUUUAAUGCUAUUUAUGACGUGUUUUAGUACGAAAAGAUACUUACCCCACAAGUAAAAAGUUUAAACGAAUAUAAAUCGCUGUAAUAAAUAGCGAAUACACUUAUCUAAUGAUUUAAGCUAAGCUUGACGUAUGAAAGUAUAUAUUCAGUUUCAAGUGAUACAUUACUUUGUUUCUAUUUACGAAUAGCUAUUUUACCCGUU